AGAUACAAAAAGGGGCGAAUUAGGGAUUUAGGGUUUUCAGUUUUUAAUCAAUCUGUGUUUUCACAAAAGUAGCGGCGAAGCGAAUCCAAUAGCCGAGAAGAAUGGUUGGAGAAGCUUCGAGCAGCCGUCGGAAGAGGCAACGAGUUCCCUCCGUUGCUACUGAAGGAGGAGGAGAAGCUGAGAAUGGUGGUGGAGGAGGAGAUGUGACUCGAUCUGUGACUUUGUUCGAGCUAGAUCUCCUCGAUUGUCCCGUUUGUUGUCACGCACUCACCGCUCCUAUCUUUCAGUGUGACAAUGGACACAUAGCUUGUUCAUCUUGCUGUACUAAAAUGAGGAACCAAUGCCCUGUUUGCACCUUGCCAGUUGGGAACGUUCGAUCUAGAAUAAUGGAGAAGAUUGUUGAAGCAGCCAUUGUUCAAUGCCCAAAUGCCAAACAUGGUUGUACCGAGAAGUUUUCUUAUGUCAAAGAAUCAGACCAUGAAAAGAAAUGCAGUUUCGUUCUGUGCCACUGUCCUGCACCAAACUGCAACUACAGCGGUGUGUACAAGGAUCUCUAUGCUCACUACUAUGCUAAACACGACGACUCAUGGAAUCAGUUUAAGUGUGGCAGUUACACCAGCGCAUGGCUACUCUUAAGUGAUAAGGUUUUAGUCCUUCAGGAAUCUGGAGAUGGUCCCUUGGUUGUGGUUCAAUGUCUUAAGGAGCCACAAGGAGUGUACGUAACUGUGAAUUGUAUAGCACCUAAUGCUCCAGGAGUUGGGAAGUUCUCCUAUAUUCUCUCAUACUCGUAUGGACAUGAAACUAUUUUGAUUGAAAAGGGAGAGAUGGAUAGGAUUCAGAAAUUGAGCUUCCAAAUUCCUGAGAAGAGCUUCUUGUUGGUCCCUAACUAUUUCCAAGGUACGAGAGAUUAUCUGAAAAUGAAGAUCUGCAUCCGCCGGCUAAAAAAAGAUGAAGAAAAAGCUGAUGAAGAAGAAGAAGAAGAUGAUGAAGAAGAGUAAUAAUCAUCAUACCAUAGGUCGUUCUGUUCAUAACUUCUUCGUACCUUCUAAAUACAUUUCUGAUGUUUUCUACAGCAACUUUAUUUCGUCAUAUAUGCAAAUUUUCAUGACUCUUUGAAGCUAUGUGUAUGACAUUUUUACUGUUA